UUCAAUCGUAGACCCCACCUCAUCCAUCGCUCUUCUUAAAUUUCACCAGGACAUAUGUCGCAGAAUGAGUGGCUUCUUCAAGAACACCUCGCAUGUCUCUUUAAUUCGCACCGACCCAUCCCUUCAACAUGAGCUAUCUCUUUCCCAUCGGAAGGCCCAAUUCAGACAGACAUGGCCCACACAGCACAGCGACGGCUAUCUAUAUAUACGCUGUCUGUACGUACGCUAACACAUCAUGUAUGAUCAUAGGACAUGUAGGGUACGUCUAUGUGCUCAUGUCUCUAAGCAAAGCGUCCAAAGCCACAAAGCCGAGAAGACUGAUAAACGUACCAAAGCUUUACAGGGGCCGAGCAAUAUACAAAGCGGCGCUCGUGGAUGGGCUGGCUUCUGUUCACGCCGGCGCCACCCGCUGUUUGUCUGCAGAGGUGUACACAGCCGAGUCGAACAUGCGAGAGACACGUACAUUGAGGAAAGGGAAGUGGUCGUGUGUCGCAUAGUUUCCGUACCGAUGAAUGACUGAUAGUAGAGAGCUCCGCAGCAGCCGUACUUAUCUUGGUACUUAUUAUCCGAGGAAUUUGCACUCAACCGCGCCUCCAAGUCAUCACAAUUGCCUGACACCAAUGUGUACACGCAGAGAGAGAAGGAGGUGACAUCUAUCAUGCAUGUGGAGCAAGGAUUCACCUGGCUCCAGUUCGAUUUGAGCUUUGCGCUCCGGAACACGCCCCACGCCAAGGUCACCCUACAUGCAGGCAGGCACAACCGCAUGAAAACAGCCCACACCAAAAGGGUAUUCGGACUGGUCGACUUACGUCGAGAGGGGGACGUUGGGGCAGCUCCCCAGGCUUUUUGGGCGGCCCUGUGGGACUCUCGUCCUCCGACUCCGGUGGUGUGAGGUCUCCGCUGCCGCUGCACUCGCCAGGUCUCUUGCGUGUUCCGCCCGGCGCGGGCAUCAGACUCACAAACUUGUUCCAGCAGAAGCCUUGUGUCGUCUGAAUGCAGCAACGACGUGACGUACAAUACUGAAGGGGGCGGACACAAGAGAAGCGUUUCUUUCUCUGCUUACGCGUGAGCAGAGCAUCUUGAUAUAGUCAUCUGCAAAUCCGCGGGGGGUGCGCUGUCCAUUUGCCCGCUUGACUUCAGACCCCAUGGAGUUGAGGAUAAGACCUAUGUUGGUGAAGAAGCAGCGGUCGGUGCACAGGUUCGCCAAAGGCACCAAAACCGGGUCCAGCGCAGCUGUAAAAGAGGCAGACAUUCAACUUGAUCUAUUCGCGCUUCUCUGCCGCUAUUCGCGCUUCUCUGCCGCUAUUCGCGCUUCUCUGCCGCGUGUCUCGCUCACCGUGGUCUUCGACAACCGCCUCCAGUAUCUCCAGGUGAUCCUUAUACUUGGUCAGGCAAUACGUCUCUUCGUCGGCAGCCUGGGCAAAUGCCAAUGAAAGUCUCCAUUCCCAUCCCUGACCGACCCGCUCACCUACCUUGGCGCACAACGUGUUAAGCGUGCGGAUAAUCUGCGGAUGAGUCAACGGUGUACUCGAUAUGUUCAUCUGUGCCAUCAUGAGGUGUUUCUCUGUACCUUGCUUGAACGUGCACAGCCAGGGCCCUUGCCAUUAGCGUCUGUGAUCCCCUCGUUGAGCGCGUCGACGGCCUGGGCGAAGCAACCAGUGCAGAUGGCCUCGAGCUUGUCCGAGUCUACAGCUAGCUCGGCCACGUUCGUGAAGUCAGUCACGACAGCAGCGCAGAGUGGAUCGUUUCCACCUACAGACGACGCGCUUGUGCUUGCAGCUGUGGGUCAUGUCUGUCGUUCGAAGCAUCUCACCUGCUCCUAGGUUGGUCUGGACGCUGUCGAGUACCGGGCAGCACCCGGCGUUGCUCAUUCCGUCUCUGGAGCACACCGGAGGCUUCAGAGUCAAGCCACCGAACUGUCGAGGAUGGAAAGUAGCCCCAUCAUGUGUGUCGUCUCUCCGUGCAGCCUGUGUCUCACGACUGUGUAGCAGUGCGUACCACUCCUGUUGAGCGGAGAUCGAAAUCGAAUGCAGCUGCGAGCCCCUUAAUCCUCUGGCGGUCAAUGGCGAGGCGGCACGCUCUCGAUGGCUGCGUGCGUCAACAGAGACAACAGCCACAAGAGGACGAGAACGACAACGGCAGAAAUCCCUCUAGCGUACUUUCUCCCUAUCAGGCUUACCGGCUCGCUGGCGAGGACCCUGCAGACACACAAACAAGGCAUUACACCCGAGUGUCCUGCCAUCUAGAAAGCCUCUCUUACAUGGUGAGCGAAAGGAUGAAGAAGAGAAUCAUCACACCAGGCACCAAGGCGGAUCCCACGCCUGCCUCACGGCCCCUAAGGGAGAACAUACAGCACACCCACCCAUCUGCCAUGCAGAUGCAUUCAUUCUUCCGCGUGUCCGUACGUCUGCAUGACGAAGGCCAGAGACGAAAUUGCGAGCGCCAGGGACGUGAUCAAUGAUGUGCUGAUGGCCGAUGCACCCGACUCCUCGUCGGAUUCGUCAGGCUCCUCUGUUGAGCUCGAGCUGUGGUCUGGAUCGGAAUCAACGGAGAAGUAUUCGGGAUUUAUGUCGGGCUCCUCGAAGACUUGCUCUACGAUAGCCGCAGGUGGUAUCUCCUCGUCUGUGGUUACCCCGAUGACGCCCUCGACCACAUUGUCUAUGUCGUCUGUUUCGUCGAGAGCCGUAGCAAAGCUGUUGUCUAGUUCCCCAGACGAUUCAGCCAUGGUGAGCGCGACGUCCAGGCCGUCAUCGGUCGCACCGACUGUCUGGAUGACACUCGUUAUGUCCACAGAUGCCUGGAGGUAGGAGACAUGGAGACACCACCGUGUGUGUGGCUGUGUCUCAUGGCCAGGUCGUACGACUCACGUCCUCAUUAUUGAGUCUGCGCAGAAAAAAGGUUUUGGCGCGGAUCAGGCGUCUCACUUGGACAUUCUCGUCGCAUGUCGGACUUUCCAUGCAGCUCUCGAGAUUGUGCGACCCCACGCAAAACGAAAAGUCGCCUGCGCGGCAAACCAAGGACAUUAACAAUACAAGCAUAGUGUGCAAAAACUGAUGACUUACAGCCAUCACAGCUUAUCGAUGUCGCCAUGUUCUGCCGCAGGUUUUUGGCGAGGGCCUAUAAUAUGAGAAAGGACAAUGGAAAAGAGCAGACAGGGGUUGCGAAUGGGACCUGGCUGAUGGCACAGUUGCGUUGAUUAGUGAGUUUGUCCCUCGACAUGCCGCUGAUGGUGGUCUUCACUUCAUACUUGCGAAUCUCAGUCAGCUCGUCACAGCCGACGAACAGCUGCAUUUGAGAGAGACAAGAAAUACCAAUUCAAACACGGGAGACUAUCUAGGAUUCUCCUCAGCUUCUCUUGCCUGAGAGCAGCCGCCCUUUGCAGGAGGGGGACUCUGCAUCCGUCGCACAAAGGAGGCACCGUACCAUUUGAAAAGAUCUCCCUCCCUUCUACGAUUGGCUUACAGGUUUGGUCCAUUCUCCUUUGCUUGGUGGCGGUUUAAGUGUGGGGCGGGGGGGAGGAGGUGUCGGCAGUUGGAUGGAAGGCGGCGCAGGAGGUCGGCCAGGCUGGUAGAAGUCUCUAAGUGCCUGAGCGCUCUCUGCGGUUGUCUUCUUGACAACAGAAGACAAAUCUGGUAUGUCAGGACAGCUUUCUUGUAAAGCUGCGGCAAACUCAGGAUCCUUCUGAGUCAGUUCGUUGACAUCCCAGCUGAACCAGUCAUGGACAGUAUUGCACUGCUCCAAGUUGAGUCGAAACGUUUCUGAUUGCAUAGAAUCGACAACAAGUCACGGGCCAGGGGUGGCGUGUUUUGCUCUUACUUUCAUUCCCGUCUUCAUACAGGAAGUCGACUAGCCCGGCUGUCGAUUCUUGGCAUUCACCAGACCUUCUCCCCCAUCUCCCCAUUUCGUGGUUGCAAACGAGCUUGCAGAAGCUAUCCGCAAAGCAGCCUCUAGUGUCGACAGUCUAUCGAAGCGACACAUGUCCUCAAUAAUCAAGACAAUGAUACCCUUGCUUGUCUUCACUAACCGUAUUGCCAGACGUUCUAUCGUAUGUCCGAUAUCUGGAGCACCAUUCAUAAAUAAGUGAUCGAUUACUGAUCAAGGAAUAUCGCAGGCAUCGAUCCGAGUGCAGAUAACGGAGCUCCUGAUAUCACCAGUGGACAAAGACCAGUCACAGCAAUCAGUCUUCUAUGUCGGGUAAUAUACUUACCGGAUGCUUGUAGGGACUUUUCGCAUUCAUGUCGCAGUGGCCAAAGGGAAGAGACGACCCGGGGUUCAGUCCAUACCAGAAGUAAUUAAAAUGGCAGUCGUCCGUAUUACAUGUCUGGUCCCAACAUCGGUGGUCAAUGGGCGGUCGGUAGUAGUCAGGGGGGUAGCCUGGCUCUGGGUCGACAACCGGGGGUGGUGUCCUGUAUUCCUCCGAUCCGUUUGCUGCUGCCGUCUGUUUGAUGUACAUGGUCGCAUUGUGGGUCGCAUUGUACACGCAUGUCUCGUUGGCUUUCUUAGUGAGAGCAAUACACUUGGCAGCUGGCCCUGUGUGGUGUGAACAGUGUAAAUGAAGGGAGUCGCUCAAUGUGCACAUAAGAAGCCACUCAGUCUUAUGCAGCCCACCGCAUUCACUUGCAUCCUCUUUAAAUGCUUUCGCAAUUGUGUCUGCCGUUGGGAAACAGGGUAAGUAGUACAUGUCUCCUGUCUUGUCAGUACAGUGCUCUGAUGAGAAAGAUAGUCUUCUUAUUGGUCUCACAGCGGGAGAGAGUGUGUUGCGCCUUUGUGUCAUGCAAAUCUCACUCUUGCUUCUGCAUGUUUUCUUGUCAUGGGUCUUUAAGCAAUCAUACCUGCGCACAUCAGCGAGGAGAUCAAAGGGCUGUCAUUACGAUUAUCCCCUGUCACCUACUCCCUGCCCACAUACCACUUUCUGGCUUCAGGGCAUUUCGUCGGAUCUCCAUUGCUGGCCACGUAAAGAGCCAGAGUGCUAGCCUUGAUAUCACAAGGCCACUCUCGCCAUCUGUAUGGGUCUUGGACCCACUGACAGUCAUCGACGGCCUCGCAUACACUUCGUGUUGCGGCGCUAUGGCAAGCCGGCAAGAUGCCGCAAUCUAGAAUGUGGCCCAGUUUGUGUAGCUGUGAACAGUGCAAUACACAUGCGGUAUGGUGGUCUGUAAGAUGACUUGUCAUUGCCUUCAUGUAAGUUUGUGCGCCUUACGAGGGCAAAUUUCUCGUAGUAUCUGAGCGAAAUCGAAGAACAAUGGUUACCAAUGCUAAGUGCCCACUCGUUGUAGCUGUGCACUCACAUGUCGAAUGAUUGAGGGACGCAGAAGUCGAAAGGGUAGUUAAAUCCCUUGCAGCGUGGACCUAAGAAGCCGAACCCAUGCACACGUGCUUCCGUCCGUCCCCUAUUUCACGACAUACCGUCGAUUGAAUAAGAAUAACACUUUCCCGAGUCUCUCUUGAGGCACUGAGAAUCAGACCACAUGAGAAGUGACAGGAGACUCAUGUGCCCCACCUCUGUGGCAUUAGCCGCGAUUGGGCCUUGUGCUUCGAGCUCUGCCAGCUUGGCCUUGCACGCAAAGGGGGGGGCCGGGGGAAGGGAUGGCUCCUCGGCCGGAGGUUCAGGCGAGAUAUCGAGUGGCGGUUCGACAAUCUCGUCGACUUGUAGCUGUCGUGUGCAGUUGGCGCCCGUACAAGGAGGGCGUGGCUCAUCGUCGGUGCAAUUGGUCGAGUCGCUCUCGUUGCAUUUGCCGGGAGGGGGCCUGUCAGGGUAGUCAGGCGGCACGUAUGGAGGCCGCGAAGGGGGUGGAACGUAAGCCACAGUCUCGCAGAGAGGGAAGGAGUCACAGAAGGUGUCGUCGCCUUCCCACGCUUUCCAGGCCAAAACGAGGCGCAAGGGACCAGAGAUGAGGGCCACGACCACCAGGUACAACUUCAUUUCGGAAAACAGGAAAGGGUGACCGUCG